AUGUCGUUGCCCGAGAACGUUCUCAUUGGAAUGUGCAACCCACUUUUGGACAUCCAAACUAGGGUUGAAAAGGUGAGGAAGAUAUAGUUGUUGGAAAGAAAGUUUUUACGAAAUUUUUCGAGUUUCAAAGAAAACUGGAUAAAAAAAGGUUUGUAGCCUUUCUUGGACAAGUGGGGUCUCAAAGAGAACGACGCGAUAUUAUGUGACGACAAACUGGCUGGGAUGUUCGACGAGCUCGCUGAGAACUACGAGGUCGAGUACAUUCCCGGCGGAGCUGCUCAGAACGCCCUACGUGUUUGCCAAGUUUUCAUCUCUUCCUCAAAAAACGCACGGAAACGUGGAUUUGUAGUGGAUUCUCAACAAUCCCAAGAGGUCCGUCUUCUUUGGCGCCGUGGGCAGCGACAAGUUUGGAGAAAUGCUCCGCUCCAAGGCUCAAGAAGCCGGCGUGAACGCUCAGUACCAAGUUCGAUCAACACAUUCAGUUUCCAAAAAAGCAGUUUUUUGCAGGUCAACGAAACCGUGAAAACUGGAACUUGUGCUGCUCUCAUCAAUGGAACGCACAGGUUCUCGUUCCCGUUUCAAAUCUCCUCUGGAGAUGGCGCAUUUAUUUAUUCAUAGACAAAUUCGGAAAGUGUGGGAAAAGGCUCCAUAGAAGUUUUCCUUUCAAGGUGAAAGAGGUGCCUUUUUUUUGCGCCAUUUAAUCGGCUCUUUUGCACCCGUUUUGCUGCGUCUCCCUUUUUCAGAAAUCCUUGAUUCUCUGAAAUUCUAGAAAAAAAGAAAGACUCGAUAAACGGACUCUUUUUGAAGCCUUCCUGAGGCCUUUUUGAGUCUUACCGUUUAGUGGCCAUUAUCCACCAUUUCGACUUUUCUUGAGUUUUUUUUUUUUCUUGUUUGGAGAUUAGCCAAUUGAUUUAGGUCCCUGUGUGCACAUUUGGCCGCCGCAAACACUUUCACCGUCGACCACUUGAAUAAAGCCGAAAACGUCCGAUUGGUCGAUGAUGCAAAAUUCUACUACAUUACUGGCUUUUUCAUCACCGUUUGUCCGCCGGCCAUCAUGCAGAUCGCCAAUCACAGCAACGACCACAAUAAGGUUAUUUUGUCUCUCCAAAGAAAGAAGGAAGAGUCGCGUAGAAUAUUGUUUUUUUCCCCAAAAAAUAACCUUCAAUCUAGUCAAUUCUUUCCAAGAGUGGAUAGUUUGUUCCACGGUUUUUUUCCUAAGGUAACUGGUGAAGAAAUAAAAUUUUUUUUGUUCACGCUUUCAAUUUUUCAAUGUCGUCGUCGUCGUCAACAAGGAGUUGGUUAGAAGCUGUGUGCAUGGAGAGAUUUUAAUCAAAGAUGGAAAAAAAAAAUGUGAAAAUCUCUAGAGAGCCCUAAACUUGACAUUUCAGACGUUCAUGCUGAACCUGUCAGCGCCCUUCAUCUCUCAGUUCUUCUUCGAGCCCCUGUCACAAAUACUGCCGUAUGUCGACGUUCUUUUUGGCAACGAAGAUGAAGCUGCGGCUUUCGCCAAGGUAAUGAAGACAGGGAUAAUUGUCGACCAAAUCCGAAGAAAAUUACUUUUUUUUCCUAGUUUACAUCCCUGAAAAAAAAAAUGGACGGGGCGAGGUUCAUUUUGUCGACUGCUGCUCUUAAGUAUAAUACAUUCACGUCUUAGGCGGCCGGCUUCGACACAACCGAUGUGAAAGAAAUAGCGUUGAAAGCAGCGGCUCUGCCUAAAGUGAGUUGGCAAAACCAUGGAAAGAAGGAAUAGUUUUGAAGAAGUCCAACCGCAAGCGACUGAUUGUCUUCACCCAAGGACCGGACCCGGUGAUAGUUGUCGACGGGGACUCCGUUACCGAGUUUCCAGUUAAGCGGUUGGCCGCCGAGGAGAUCAUCGACACUAACGGGGCCGGCGACGCUUUCGUCGGAGGUAACCUUUUUGGACAAUUUGUGUCGUACCUGAUUACUCACCUUUUGCAAGUUUUCUAAAUAAGAAAGAAGAGACGUGUUCUUUCUGCUUUAAAAAAAGGUUUUAUAAUUGAUUUGAAGUUGAGCAAUUGAGGUUCCCAGUUUUUUUUAUUUUCAUUUUUUUGCAACUAAAAAAUUAUUUUCCAGCUUGAGAAAUAAAAAAACUUAGCUCAGUGAUAGUAGAAUUUUUUAUCUCCGAGAGGGCUUCUGAGUUCGCAGUUCGAAUUAAAAUUUGUAAGCUAUACAUCCAAAAGAUUUUUUCUCCUUGGGAUUUUUUUGUCGAAUUUCCUUCAAAUCUUGUCGAAAUUGAACAAAGAAAAUAUUGCGAGAAAAGGAGAAUAGAAAAUUUCCAGGUUUCUUGGCACAAUUUAUCCAAGGAAAGUCGUUGGCGGAAGCCGUCGAAUGCGGAUGCUACGCGGCUUGCGAAAUCAUCAAAAAGCAGGGGUGCACAGUUCCAGAAAGUUGCAAGUACCAUUAA